ACACACAGCUAUAGACUCCUGUACCCUGGAGGAUAGGAGCGGGCCUGCUCACCGUCCCAGCAGGAGUCAAAGGCCUUGCUGUCGCUGAGUGACAUGGGGUAAUUGUGCUGUCACAGGCCACCCAGAAUUCUCUCCCACCCUGCUGAGGGACAGCUGGUUAGGAAGGCUCCCCCAGGCCAUCACCAGCCUGGGGCCCGGCAGAUCGCCAUGCCCACCCAGUUUCCACGACUAUCUGAGGGUUUCCAUCGUGGGCCAGGGGACCGGGGCAGGCCAGCCCUCUAGCCCGCAGUGGCCACCCCGUCCUGAGCAGGGAUGGAUACCGGGCUGCAGGCCAGCAGGCGGCCCUGGGAAAGCACCAGCCGACCCCAGGCAGGCGGCGACUGGAAGCUCACUGGGCUCUGCCCUUGACCUGGCCCGGUGGCUAUGUCGACCUUGGUCAUGGGGGCGCUGCCUGCUGGCCUAGGAGAAGUGAUCCAGCCCCACCCCAAAGAUAACCAGAGAUGCUGCCCCUGUCCCUCUGGCUCCUCAGGACCCUGGGCCGCCCCCACCUGAAGGGCCGGAGCCAAGCCAGGGAAUCCGGGCUCUGUCCCUCUGAGGCUGAGGAUGAGACCAUGGCUGCCCUGAGGUGGCCCGGGCCCUCCCAGCAGCCAGGUGACCUGCGGGGAGCUCCCCACACGGCCUGGUCUGACAACAUCGAGCAGCCAGGCCCCCGGGGGAAGGCCCGCAACCACCCGGUGUGGUCAGAAGGCGAGGAGGCCAAGGAUGGGGACAGCUCGGUGUCAUCAGGCCGCCUCUCCGGCUCCUCUGGGGGCCACGAGCCCUGCACGUCUCCCCCCGGGCCCUGGAAGGAGAGGCCCCCCCAGGUGCUGGGGCCCCGGCGGCAGCCCAGAGAGAGCAGCCCACGGCUGGAGCUGCUGAGGGACAGGAUCCGGGCCCAGGCCCAGUGGCAGACCAGCUGCGCCUCCCUGGGCACCUCUGCCCCGUCCAGUGCCUCCCGCCUCUACAGAGCCUCCAAGCCAGACGCCCGGAAGAAGGCGGGGAGGCCGAAGAAGGCCCCUCCGGCCCCGUGGGAGGCCCUCGGGCCCCGGGCUUCCGCCGCAGGCUUGGGCACCCUGAGGGCGGCUCCGUGCGGAGUGGAAGACAAGGUGAUCCGCGGCCCGGGGAGCAGGCCCUCCGGGGCCCCUCAGCGCCAGGCCUCAGUUCCCCGGGAGAAAGCCAAAAGGCAAAGUAGUUCUUGCAAGAGGGAGAAGACCCCCAGAGCGCCCGUCCCCCGGGGAGCCACCAGAAACCAAGAUUCUGAGUUGGUUGGUGUGUACGCCUGGAGGAAAGGACCAGCCCUGGCGAGGGCCCUCCUCGGGCCCGCUCCUGCCUUCCCCAGGCUUCGGAGCAAGGCUCCCUCCAGAGACCAGUCCCCCACCGUGGACUUAGGAGAUAGCAGGAAAGUCGGAGCGGCCGAGAGCUCCCCCGUCUGCCCCCGGAUGCCCAGCCCAGCCUCUGUCUGCCAUGACCCGCCACUGUCCACCAACACACCGCACCUGGCUUCUUGUGAUCAGCCUAUGACCAUCCAAAAUGCUUUGACUAUCCUUAGAGACCUCCGCCAGCAGAUCCAGGCCGGGCUGGAGCUGGCCCGGCAUCGCCACCCCACCGGAGGGCUAGAGCUAGGACAGUCAAACCUGUGGCUGCAGGACCCAGCAGGGAGGAGGCAGUGGGGCCCCUGGGGCACCCCAGAUGUACGGGGCUCCUUCUCGAAGAGUCCUCAAGCAGGGACGAAAGGGAGGCGCUCCUCCCAAGACCGUGCCAGCAGCUUCCCCACUGGGAAUUGCUGGAGCACCCUAGCUGGGCGGGAGUCCUAUCCCCAGCGGACUGGAGCGGCCCAAGGGCGGAACCCCUCCUUCCAGAAGCCCGGGGAUCCCCCCGAGAAGCUGACCUCUUUGCCUCAACGGCCCUGGAGCGCCUUGGCCGGGCAGGCCUCCAGGACACAGCGGACUGGAGCGGCCCAAGGGCGGAACCCCUCUUUCCAGAAGCCCGGGGAUCCCCCCGAGAAGCUGACCUCUUUGCCUCAACGGCCCUGGAGCGCCUUGGCCGGGCAGGCCUCCAGGACACAGCGGACCGGAGCAGCCCAAGGACGGAACCCCUCCUUCCAGAGGCCCGGGGGCCCCCCUGAGAGCCUGACCUCCUUGCCCCAACAGCCCGGGAGCGCCUCAGUCGGGCUGGCUUCCAGGUCCCAGCGGACCUGGGCCACUUAUGCAGACUGGAAGACCCCUGCCCGAACACCCUGGAGCCCUUGUGGCCCACGGUCCUGGAGCACCUCCUUCCCACAAGGCACCAGCACCCUGGGCAAGGCCAGAGGCUCGCACCCGCCGCCCUCGGAGAUGGAGCACAGCUGGCUGAGGCCCACCGGGGGUGGACCUGGGAGAGAGAAGGAGGGGCGGGUGCCGCCGCCCUGCCCGAAGCCCCGGGGGGCCCUGGGCCACCCCUAUAGUGCCGAGGCGCUGCGGGAGUUCAUGCGCCAGAAAACUCAGGCCCGGCGGCGGCAGGCCUUGGAGGAGAAGGCCUCGGCCGUGCGCGCCCUGGAGCUGAGGAACCAGCGGCUGCAGGACGUGUACAGGAAGCAGAGGGAGGCCGUCCUCGGCAAGGCUGUCCCUAUGGUCUCCCAGACGACCCCCGGCAUUGUGACCUUCUUCCCACACUGUGCACAGUCCACGGGCCUGGAAGCUCCCGGGAGCCUGGGGUCGCCUGUGCUGGAAUGGAGCAAGGUGACCUCUGGCAUGGUGCUGGGGGACCAGGAGGCCCCGGGCAGCUUCUGCCUGUGUUUGAACAGAGCCUUGAACCGCUCGGAGACUCUAGAGAUGGGCGGCCCCCGGGACGGCUGGGACGGUGCCCCCAUGCUGACGUCCUCCCGCUCCUCCCCGGGCCCCCUGAAGCUCCAGGACCUGACCACCCGCCCCCCGCGCCCAGGCAUGUGCAUCUACCUGGACCCUGAGGAGAGCGAGCGCCUGGGCACCCUGGGGCCCCUGCAUUUCCGCUAUAAGCAGGCCCGGCUGCAGGCACUGGAGACCAUGGCCAAUGUCCUGAAGCAGCGGAUCGACAUCCUCACGGCCAAGCUGCACAGGCCGGAGACACCAGAUGCUCUCAGGGACCCUGUGUCAGACCCCAGCACUGUGCCCGCCGCCCGCGUCUGCUCGGGGGCCCUGGUGCCCGAUGGGAGCAGAGGGGGCCCCUGGGACCGGGAUGACGAGCCGGCCAGGACGCUGGUCCCUCCCACCUGCUUCCUGGACCAAAGGCCGCUGCCGUGGAGCCCCGACUGGGAGAGGCGGCAGAGCGUGAGCCCGAGAGGCCACCACUACAGGGAGCCCCAAGUUGCUGGUGUCCAUCUCCCCAAAGGUUUCACUGAGGACGGGCGUUUGGAGCUGGAUAACAGGCUGGCAAGAAACACGGCUUCCUUCCAGACACUCGGCCCCUUCAUCGGGAGCUCCCUUGGGGUGCCAGCCGUGCUGGACCCCACCUGUGGCUCCCUGCAGCUGGAGGACGUGUCGGCGGCCAGAGGGGCAGGCUUGCUCACGCCCUGGACCGUGCGAGGCUGCGGUCAGCGCUCCAGGCACCUUGCCAACAUCCCCUGGAAGUCCCUGAGCUCCCUCAAGUCCCUGCAGCUGGACCAGGAGAAGCCGGAGCAGGGGCUGGCGCUUCUGCGGCAGCGGGCGGAGCUGGAGGUCUGGGAGACGCAGAAAGCCCUGGACCAGCUGCUCUUCAAGCACCAGUUGGAGCGUCUGAUGGAGAAACACCCCCCCCAGGCCAGGCCAGACCCGGCUUUGGCUUCUGCUUCGGAGCAGGAACGGCCACAGGUGUGUCGAGUCCUGGAGCCCACAACCUCUCCGAGCACCGAGACCGCCAGUCCCAGAUCACAACCAGCCAGGGGCAGAGACGCUGCCACAUCCUCCCAGGGUCCCCAGGAAGGACAGCAGAGACAGGAGGACAAGUCCACUUCUGCAGAGCCCAGACAGGAAGUGAGAGCAGACCAAGCUCCCUACCAGCGGCCCUGGGCCAGGCUGGACCCUCGGGUCAGCCCCACCCACCAGUGGAGCCUGGCGGGGCCCGGAAAAGCCAACAUCGCGGGAAGCCCCGGCCACUUCACGCUCCAGAUGCUCGAGCUGAGCCUGCGGGAGGAGGAGCUGCGGGCGCAGCACCAGACCGCGCUGCUGCGCCUGCGCGAGAAAGCGCUGGAGGAAAGGAUGCGCGCUGAGCUGGCCUGGUUGGAGCAGCAGCGAGGGUGUCUGGGCCGCGAGGGGAACACCACGGUGCUGGCAGUCUUGGCAGAGAGGCAGAAGCAGGCCCUCAGCAGCCUUGAGCAGGAGCAGAGAGCAAUCCGAUGCCUGCAGAACGCUCACCGGUUCUCGCACGAGGAGAGGAAGCUGCUUCUGCAGCACCAGAGGGACAUCCUGUCCCUGCGGACGGCUGUGGCACAGCUGCAGCAGGAGCUCAAGGCCCAGACCAGGCUGCCUCAGAGGUCUGGCCCCGAAUUCAAGACCGCUCAGGUGGAGGGGCCAGCACAGGGCAAUCUGUGCCCGUCAACACCACGUGGGCCUGGUGACCCCACCAGCACCAGCCCCCGGAGAAGCUCCAAGAGCCCACGCGCCCAACACCUUCCCACUGGGCAGGAGGACAGGACACACCCCGAGGCCACUUCAGCUGCGGACACUCACCGACCGCCUCCAAGGCCUGUGUGGGGAGAGGACAUGCCUGUGGCCAGCGGCUGGCCUGAUGCUGGGGGCCGGCUGGUAGAGAGCCAGAUCCCUGUGGACCAAGGAGACCCCCCGCCCAACCCCCGCCCUUUGUCGUCCAUGGAGAGGACGCAGCCUCUGAUGGAACGCCGUGGGCAGAAACUCCAGGGCCAGCACUCCCUGGGCGGAAGGAGUCCGCGCAGCUCCCCGGAAGCCAGCUCACAGGAAUGUGCUGGGGGUUAUCCACCGCUGAGGGGCCAGGACCCAGUGCCCUGGGGCGGUCUCUCUCCAACAUGCUCCCAGCAGGUGGUUGAAGGCAGCCUAAGCCCAGCAGAGUCAGAACCAGAGCUGGAUUUUGCCGACAGCCCCAAGGAGGAGCCCCACCAGAUGGAAAGCCAGGCGUCAGGGGGACAGAGGAUGGAGACCUGUUGGCAGGAGGACCCCCACGACCCCUUCUCUCGGCCGGAAGCUGGCCCGUGGACUGCUGCUCCAGCUCCUGCGCCCUCCAGCCCAGGUGCGGGCAGCCCCCUGGGGCUGGGCCCCGAGUCCGAGUCUGAGUCAGCUCCCGGGACCUGUGCCGGGUCCCGUGCCGCCUCCUCCCUGAGCGGGCUGUCCUGCUCUUCUCUCCAGGAGUUUCAGAAGGCGUCCGCCAUGCUGGUGCAGCUUUCCGAGAGCUCUGUCUCCCUCUCGGACUGGGAAGCUGGGGACCCCAUUGAUGCAGACCCCGGCUGGUCUGGGGAGCUCUCACCCCAAGACUCCUGGGGGAUCCACCGGGGCGGGGAGCGGGUGGCCUGGGAGAGGCUGGAGGGCAGCAGGACCAGUCGCCAGGGCGGCUCCCCCACGGACGCAGGGGGUCCAGAGCCCAGGGGAGGACUCGUGCGCGCGGGCCGGCUGCUGCCUCUCCCGGAUGCCCCUUCUGCAAGGUCAGGGUCGGAACUGUCAGAGGCAUCCAGCGAGGUCUGGGAUGAGGAGAACCUGCUGGGGCCAGGCCCCGGUGCUGACCCAGCCUCAGGGUGCCACUCCCCUGCGGGAGGCUCAUCCCACCUGGAAGGUGGCAGGGCGCCCUGCUCUGUAUCUCCUUCCCUGGGCCUUGAGGAGGGGCAGGAAGCUUCCAGAACCAGUGGGAGCCUGAUCAGUGGAUUAGAUACAGAAAGAGCCAAACAGGUGUCCCCGGAGGCUGCCUUCCCACCACUCCCAUCCACAGCCUCUCCCUCCAGUGACUCAGACCUGCCCCUUUCCUCUCCCUCUGGGUCCCUGGCAUCAGAAGGGGUGGAGUUUGGUGAAGGAGGAGACACUGGGGCUCUUCAGGCCUCGGCUGGCUGUCCUGAGGGGCCUGGGGUCACUGACCUGAGUCUGUCCAACCACAGGAAACCUCAACAGGCCCGGUCUGAGCCUGAGGUCCCUGUGAGCCCGCAGGCUCCUCCUGGGGACCCUGGUGGUCUGGUAGCCCAGACGCCCGAGGGCUGGGCGCCUGGGUGUAGGGGGAGGAGACACUCCCCUGCCCCGGAGGAAGCCCGCCCCACCCUGGCCAGCGGGGUCUUGCCCGAGAUCCUGUCCCCCGUGGACGACGUGCUGUCCUAUGGCAGUGCUGACCUUCCGUCCUCUACCCACAGGGACGCCAGCCUCCCUCCUUGGCCACCCACCCUCCCAGCAGAGCGCGAGGGCGCCAGCCUGCCCUCGGGAGACUUCCCUCCCCCACCGGAAGACGCCAUGUCUGCUGGGGGCUCGCCGGGCCCCCCCGGGGACGAUGCCUCCAUCAGAACUGGGGAGUUGCCCUCCUUGUCUGAGGAGGUCCUGCCUGAGCCACUGUCCCCGGGGCCCCAAGAGACAGGGCUCUGCCUGGGGGCGGGCAGACAGGGUGGAAGCCUUGGAAAAAAAUUGGGCGAAUCGUGUUCUGAUGGGGGAGCUGAGGCUGUGGGCAGCCAGUGGUCUGAGCCAGCUUGCUGCCUAGGGUCCCCCUUGUGUGUGGGGGACAGUGGUGCCGUGGGGGGGCUCCCAAGGCUGCCAGCGCCGUCCCCAACCCCAUCCAGAGUGGCCUUCAUGGCCGCGGAGGGUCUGCCCAUGUUGUUGGCACCUGGAGGUAUGGGGCCGUCUGGCACCAGGCAUGGCGACCUGGAUCCUGCUUUGGGCGUGGGCUCCCACGCAGUUGUACCUGGUGGGGAGAGAGCCGAGGUGGUGGACUUGGUGUCCAGCCAGCUCACCAGAAGGAUCCUGUGCGACACACUUGCUGUGCUCUCAGAGCUGGCCCAGCCGGCCGCCCGCUGAUGGAGAAACAGCUGUGUCCCCACGGCUGACCCAGCACAUCCCCAAGACUGAUGAGACUCCUGAGGAGACAGGGCAGGGCCUGCGGUGACACACAGACACCUGUGACAUUGCUGUGUCACUGUGCCCACGUGUGCCUAUGUGUGUGGGAGGCUCCGGAAGCCUGGACCACCGAGGGCAGAGCUGCCGCUCAGAAUAGCCACCUGCCGCCGGCCGUGCAGGUGGUCCUCUGAUGCUAGGUGGGGGACCGGGCACUGGUGUGACAUCCCGUGCAGUGGGCUCUGUUCUUCCGGGCUUUGGGUCCACAGCUUCCAUCAGGCCCCCAAAAGGGUCCCUGCUGCGUAGUUCAAGAGGCGGGAAGCUGAAAGGUUGUGCGGGUCGUGUCCGAAGGCUGGCUGGCCCAGGACAGAUGCGGAAGUCACGGAUUCAAGAGAGAACAUUCUGGAGGAGCCAGGAAGGGGAGCAGCUCGAGGCUGAACCAGGCACCAGCCCACAGAGACCGCCCGCCAGCACGGAGAGCCUUCCACAAAGGCCACGGGGGAGAGCACCGUUCUGGGGAUGUGGGAAGCCCGGGUGGAGGUGGGCAGGGGACACAUCUGUGCGGGCUCACACCCCCAGCUCUGUGGCCCUGGGAGGCCCAGACCUGCAUGUGGACCAACCCAGCUGUGUGGAUUAGAGAAGUAGCCCACUCAAGGGCCAAAGGUCACUGGCCAAGGUUUGGCCUGUCCUCUGGGGGUAGGUGGGCCCAGGGCUACUUGAGCGCUCAGGACACCUUCUGGAAGACACAAGAGCCCGUUCCCUGGUGGCCGUCCACCAUGGAAUGAGCCCUCGGGGACACCGGCAGUCUUCAGGAUAAGGGUGGGGUGCUGACCCCUCAGGCCUUGGCUCCUUCCAUGCAGGGCCUCACACCCCCAGCUUUCGGAGAGGGAUUCAUCCCCUGGACAGCAUUUAUGGACCCCUGGGAAGACCCAGACCUUCCUGACUUGUAGCUUAGGUGGAAAACGUCUCCACGCCUGGCAGAGCCCCGAGGUCGGCCUGUGCCCUCCCCCUUCUGGCUCUGGCAAGCUGCCUCCUCCAGGCAGCCCUCCACCAGGCCCCAGCUCAGGGGCAGCCGCGUGUCUGGGCCAGCUGCUGGCCAGACCCACCUUUGUCACAGGCUGGCUCGUCCUGGCUCGGGGCUCGGGGAGUCACAGCUAAGACACCUCACGCGCUCCUGCUCUCACUGGGGAGAGGCUUGGACCGGGGGUGGGGGUGUUCGCGUUCUGUAGACACGUUUCCAAAUAGCUUCUGAGCUACAGCUUUUUUAUUGAUUUCCUUCUAGUUUUCUGAACAAAUUAGUCUGUAAUUUUUUAUUUUUCUCUAUUUAUUGCUGACCCUUUUGGAUUUACGAGGCUGUGUGAGAGGAAUUAUGUAUCUCACACACACACGUUUGGCUACCAUGGUAAUAAAUCUCCUGCGUCA